AUGGCAGGUCCCCUGCUCCAGCCCCUGCUGCUCCUACUGCUGUCCUUCGCCCUGGGAUCUGCUGAAGAAGAAGCCCAGGAUACCGGGGAGAGGAUCAUUAAUGGAGUUCCAUGUCCAAGAGGCGCCCAUCCCUGGCAGGUGGCCCUGUACCACAACAAUGUGUUCCUGUGUGCGGGCGUGUUGGUCCAUGAGAAGUGGGUGCUCACCGUCGCCGACUGCUACUCGAGAGAGUACAUUGUGCAAAUAGGCACUAAUCUUCUCGUGGAUAGAAAUGCCCAGAAGAUCAGGGCCACAGAGUUCUUCACCCACCCCCGGUAUGACGUAACCACAAAUGUUCACAACAUCAUGCUGCUGAAGCUGAGCAGCCCGGCCAAGCUCUCGCCCACCGUGAGGAUCAUGAAGGUGCCCUCCAGCUGCAAACAGCCUGGCACCACUUGUACCGUCGCUGGCUGGGGCAGCACCACCAUGGAUGGAGCAGUGAGAAACCCAUCCAAGCUCAUGUGCUCCAAUGUCAGGAUCAUCCCCUACAACGACUGCAAGCAGGUUUACCCGACCCUGUUGAGGAAAUUCACCAUCUGUGCUGCUCCGCCCAGGAGAUCCUCCUUCGCCUGCAAAAAACCUGGGCUUUCUGCCCUGGUGAACUUCUGUGCCCGGCCUGUUGUCCUUGCUCUGCUCAUGUCUGCCUAA